GAAAUUGUCUGUCUGAUCAAAUGUCUCCGUUUUUUGUCUCUGAUUACAGCAGAGCUCCACCACAGUUCCUCCACCUCGCUGUGUGACACCCGAAAGCAACAAGAAGCAGAAGAUCCUGGAACUGGCCAACCGGAUCAUCGAGCUGCUGACAGGAGAGGUUCCUAUAAGGUGUCAGGAUGUCACUGUCUAUUUCUCCAUGGAGGAGUGGGAGUAUUUAGAAGGACACAAGGAUCUCUACAAGGACGUCAUGAUGGAGGAUCCCCACACCCUCCCGGAUCCGGGUGGACCUCCAACCAAAUAUGUGUCACCUGAAGAGUUCCAUAGCCGCCCCUCCAUAUACAGCAGGAGCUCUGGAAUUACCAGUCAUGGGGAAGAGAUGAACGUUCUCGAAGCGGAGGAGGUGCAGAGAACAUUGGUGAAGAACAUGGCGGAGGAUUCUCCACACACCGCACAAUAUUCCUUCACUGAAGAACUGCAUUCCCGUUGUGAAAGUCUUCUCGGCAUGGACAUUUAUCCACCAGCUACAUCGGAACUUAGUAAAAGAGGAACCCUACUCACCUGACCAUGGCAGUCCUACCACCGCCGGUCUUUUCACAACAGUCCCUACUCCUUCUUUCACAUGUGAUUAUGUUAAGGGGCCACCCCACUUAAGUGACGAGGAAGAACUUCCCAGCACUGAUGUCACCAUCCCGCUCGAUCCCGACGAGUACACGACUACCAUUGUGAAGGAGGAACCCUACUCGGGGGAAGAGGACCUUGACUCUGACGUGUAUACACCCAUCAAUCACAGACUUUAUACAUCUGGUGACAUUAAAGAGGAAGCUGGAUUAUUUGAGGAAGCAAAUCUUGGUGACUUUUACAGCGCAGCAGGUAACAGACAAUCCGAUUAUAUGUCUCAGAACUUUAGGGAGCAGUCUGGCUCUGCGUUUAGUGAUGGAAACUUAUCAGAUAAUAUCUACAUGCCGGCUCUGAGUACUUGUGAAGGAGGUUCUGCCAGUCAGCUGGCCUCCUGGGACACGGAGCCGCCACAGAUGGAUGGAAUCUCAUUAUCCUAUCAUAACUCUACAAGUGCCCCCGGGGCUCAGGCCUUGGGGGAGAAGUCCUUUGUAUGUUUAGAAUGUGGGAAGUGUUUUUCAUGCGGCCCCCAUCUAAUCCGCCACAAGCGGACCCACACUGGUGAGCGACCCUUCAAGUGUACAGAAUGCGGCAAAUUCUUUUCCAGCAGCUCCAACCUUCUCAUGCACCAGAGGACUCACACAGGAGAAAAACCCUUCGCCUGCCACCAGUGUGGGAAACGUUUUGCCCGAAACCCCCACCUGGUUCGCCACCUCCGAAUUCACACCGGAGAGAAACCAUUCGAGUGCGCCGAGUGUGGCAGGAGGUUUAACCAGGACUCCAACCUUCUCAAACAUCAACGCACACACUCGGGAGAGCGGCCAUUCAUGUGCUUGGACUGCGGCAAGUUCUUCACCAGCAACCCCCAUCUACUCCGACAUCGACGUGUCCACACUGGGGAGAAACCGUUCUCCUGUCCAGAGUGUGGGAAAUGUUUCUCCAACAGCUCCAAUCUCAUCACACACCGCAGAACUCACCUUUCCCUCCGACUGCUAGAAGAGCUUCCUAACCAAAGGAAAGCCCAACUACAGCGGACAAGACCGGACCAGCCCCUCUAGAAUCAUUGCCCAACCACCAGACUGGCCCCUCUAGAAUCAUUGCCCAACCACCAGACUGGCCCCACUAGAAGCAUUGCCCAACCACCAGAUUGGCCCCUCUAGAAGCAUUGCCCAACCACCAGACUGGCCCCACUAGAAGCAUUGCCCAACCACCAGAUUGGCCCCUCUAGAAGCAUUGCCCAACCACCAGACUGGCCCCACUAGAAUCAUUGUCCAACCACCAGACCAGGACCCGACCAGCCCCUCUAGAUUCAUUGCCCAACCAUCAGACCAGUCAUACAGCAGACAGGACCGGACCAGCCCCUCUAGAAUCAUUGCCCAACCAUCAGACCGGCCCCUCUAGAAUCAUUGCCCAACCACCAGAUUGGCCCCUCUAGAAUCAUUGCCCAACCAUUAGAAUGGCCCCUCUAGAAGCAUUGCCCAA